UCAUUUAAGAAGAGAAUAUUACCUGUUACCUUGAAUAACCUCAAGCCGUUGAUUUCUGAACAUGACGGCAUUACACUGCUUGGAAUACCAGGGAAAUUGUUCCAUGCACAGCUGGAAGAAUCUUUCAAAGAGGUUGCAGUAGAAUGGAAAAAAAGAGUAAAGUUCUAUAUGAUUCCUCCAAUGUCUGAUGAUGAAAGAAAUGUUUGUGAGAAAUAUGGAAUCGUGGAGUUUCCGGCAAUUCUGUUUUUUGAUAAACAAGAAUGGGAUGACAGUCAAAAGCCUGUGACUUUAUUUCAAGGCCAGCUGAAUACUGGUGUCUAUCAGAUCAAGCUAGAAUUAACCAUUAGGAAUACUACAGCAACCAUUUUUAAUCUGGCUAAUUUCAAGAGUGUGGUUCUUGAGACCAAUGUUCCCACAUCCCCCACGGCCGUCACAUUCUACUCCCAUAGAAACCAAAGAUCUUUAGACUACAUCAAUAUUAUUGAUAAGGCAAUAAAGGAGUUUGGAAGGAUUGACCCAUCAUUUCAAUUUGGAUUUGUGAAUUUGGUGGAUGGCAGUGAAGUUGUUUUCAGGCAUGUUAAUGCAUCCCUGGUCUCAGCUGUUCCUUUCACUAUCAUCUUUUGGCAGAGCAAACACCAAGAUGAUUCCAAAUACAUAAUCAAGCAGGCAUUGUUCAACCAAGGAAUCCCCACAUCACUUAACCUGUAUGCCUUUGUGCAGUCGAACAACAUACCUCUACUGGUGGACACUGAUAUGGAUACAGACUGGUUGGAUGUAAAGUUGGAAGUAUGUGACAAGACAGCAAACCAAGAGAAUGAAUGUGUACCACGUGACAACAUGACAGUUGUCAGGUCAUCAUAUGAUAGUCUGUUACUAGAGGAUACAACAAGGGUGUAUGGACCUGAACCAGCACCUGCUGAAUGGAAGGCAAUCAAGAUGGUUGGUUCAGCUAAUGUUAGUACAGAUGUCAAGAUACCUGUGGUAACAGAUCAAACAUGGGCAGCCAAGAUAGAGCAGUCAGUCAGACCAACAAAUGCCUAUGGACCUAAAGGCAAUCAAGACAGCUCAAGAAAAUACCUUGUCUCUUUGGUUGUUUUUAUCAAAGGACAAUGUGGAUAUUGCACCAAAAUAAUGCCUGUCUUACAGGACAUUGCUAACUCAGUCAAAAUGAUUGGUGCAUCUAUGUACCUAAUGAAUUGUACUACAGACCCAGUCCAUUGCGAUCAAUUUGGCAUAACAGGGUACCCAACACUUACUGCAUUCCGUAGCCUCAGUUGGUCUGUGGUAGAACAGUGCUACCCCUCUAGUCAGCAGUCACACUACAUAAGAGUCGAUUAUCAUGGUGCAAUUGUGCCUGCUCUUGUUCUUGAUUGGCUGUCAAAUCUCAACCAACCAGCUGUUAAUAAUCAGUAUAUGCAUGACCAUCUUCCUGAUGACCUGAGUCAAGAUGUAUACUUGGUUGCCACUGUAUACACACGAUCCCUUGCCCGUCAGUACCUGCCAUCAAGACUUAUUGAUCGCUGGUAUACAUGUCAGUGUUAUACUCUAGUAUGUGAACUGCUGUAUGGACUAGUACCGUGUUAUGCCCUCUACACUCGUGACGUGGCGGAUCACGUGACCGGAACUAGAAAUGAAAAGGAUCUUGUUGUAUCAAAGCUUGUUUUGCAUCGUAACGAUGGUGUUCGUGCUACCAUCUUUGAGCUCGGCUACAACUUGGCUUUCACACUCGGCCAGGAGAGUGACUCAAGGCUACACAUGUUUCACAAACCACACAGAUACAACGUUGAUGACAACUUCAAUUGCGAGGAUGACCACAGGAUGUGUACAGAGUAUGCCGUACAGUUCGUCCACGACCACAGACGACUUCCUGUUACCCAGAUCACCACAGCCAUAUUCCACACAAAAACAGGGUCUCAAGAUAGAACACGUGAAGUGUUUACUCAAGACCUUCCCGUCAUGCUUAUCCUGGCACGUACUCAGAACAUAUCACGUGACACUCACUUCUAUAGGGAGAUAACAGUUGCUGCAUACUCUCUGUACCAAGACAUUGUUUUUACGACCCUCAACGUUGACGAGUUCUCAUUCUGGGCUAGUAACUUUGUCCCCAAGGGUUACCUUACGAAGUACGCUCACGAUUUGUCUGGUAGUGCUCCUUCACUUUAUCACUACCCUCGUCUCUGUCUAGUCCGCUGGCAGGACCACCAACAUGCAGCAUUUUAUCCACCUGUAAGUGAAAUGGAAAGACUGGGAACUAGAGUCCAGGAGCGACUCGAAGCGAUUGAUUCACAGCAGAUUAUCAAGUUUGCACGAGAUUUUUUGGAAGACCCUGGGAAAAUGCUCAUACGUACUGAGAUGUUUUAGAAGAGAACAUGGCAGGUAGAACUUGAAGGGAAUUUGUGUUGAAGAUGGAGCAAGGAUCUCAACAAUUAGGACCG